UCAAGCGCUCGGUUCAGACUCAGCACCAGCACCAGCAGCGGCAUCAACAUGGUUCUUAUUUGGACUCAGUUCGGCGUCAAGCACAAGAAUGUCAAGUGCAAAGUGCGAGUGAUCCACGGCGAGGAAGGAUGUACCUCAGAGGAGGUGCAUGAAGAACCUGAGGUGUCAAGCCCCCCGUCUUCACCAGAGUGUUUGGAUUACUACACUGUGCUUGGUGUGUCAAGUGACUCUAAUGAGGAGGAGAUCAGGCGGGCGUAUAAGCGUCUGGCGCUCCGUUACCACCCAGACAAGAACCCAGACGCAGACGCCGAAGACAAAUUCAAACAGAUUGCACAAGCCUAUGAUGUUCUGACAGAUGCAGAAAAACGCAGUGUUUAUGAUCAACAAGGAUUGACCAAAGGGGGUGUGGCUUCCACAGGAAACAAAGGUGACCCCUCCCAAAGCACCUCCAAAGCUGACGCCCACUCCUGGCGCGUUUUCUUCAACUUUGAUCAAGACUCUGACGACGACCUCUUCAACCCGUUCCUGCGAAACCCCCUUCCCCACCUCAGCCGUCACCAUGGUAACAGGGGCGGGCCUAAGCCUUCAGGCGUGGCCGAGGUCCACGAGCUCCUCGUGUCAUUGGAGGACAUUUUGACGGGCGUGACAAAGCGUGUGAAAGUGACACGCCUUCGACAGGCCGACAAACACACAUUGAGGCAGGAAGAACACGUAUUUGAUGUGGAGGUGAAGAAGGGAUGGAAGGAGGGCACGAGAAUCACUUUCCCCAAGGAGGGCCAUCAAAUGCUCGGCCACGCUCCUAAUGACCUCACCUUCAUCGUUAAAGAGAAGCAGCACACCCAUUUCAGACGAGAUGGGUCCCAUAUUGUGUACAUCUCCACCAUCACACUGCGAGAGGCUUUAUGUGGAUGCACAGUUAACGUUCCUACCCUAGAUGGACAGAUGAAACCACUCCCAUCCAGUGAUGUCAUAAAGCCAGGAUCAAUCAGACGCCUUAUAGGGGAGGGGCUACCAAGAGUGAAAAACCCCACCCAGCGCGGCGACUUGUUGGUCGAGUUUCAAGUGGUUUUCCCAGAUCGCAUUCCACCUAGCAGCAAAGAAAUCAUCAAACACAGUUUGGGACAAUGUUAACUUAACAACAGACAUAUAUAUAUAUAUAUGGACGCAUACCAAUUUCAGUGAUGGACUUGAUGUCCAAAUUUUGUCUCUGUGAGGCACACACAUACACACUUAAACAUUCAAAAAUGUUGCUCGCACAAAUAUAGUAAAUAUGGGUAUGUAAUACCUCUAUAAGUGUGAUUCAUACAGAGAUGUAAUGUUUGAGAAAUACAGAAACACACAUAAACUGAAUACACACACACACACACACACACACUCCUGCAUUCCUCUGAAACACACAGAAGUGUUACGCUAAAGUGUUGGCAUACUUCUUAACCAUGACGAUCUUGUACUUGCGUACAGAACUGUCAGUGAUUUUGUCUCUAUGAGAGAACCCUGUGUCAUGUUCAAAUGAAUUAUUUGUAAAGAAAUUAUACAGAGAAAAUGUUGCAUCUCAGAUAUAACCUGGCAUGUAAGAUGAACGCAUGUUUUAUA